UUAUUGCUUCAGUGGCCAUUCUGUAUUCAUUUCAAAGUGCUAUAGACAUAGCUGGUACAACUCGUUAUCUUGUAGAGAUACAAGCUCAAAUGACUUCUGCUGAAAGAAUUCUGGCUUACACUGAAAUUAAACCUGAGAAGGGACACGAGAUAAAUGAACAACCACCCAAAAAUUGGCCAGAGGCAGGGAAAAUAGAGUUCAAGAAUGUUUCGUUGCGAUAUUAUGAAAAUGGACCGAAAGCAUUGAAAGAUAUAUCAUUUCAAAUCAAUCCAUGUGAAAAGAUUGGUGUUGCAGGAAGGACAGGUGCUGGUAAAUCUUCUCUGGUUGCAGCGCUCAUGAGAAUUGGCGAAACUGAAGGGGAUAUUAUUGUUGAUAAUUCGAAUAUUGAGUGUCUAAAUCUUCAAUCUACUCGUCAACGAAUUUCUGUGAUUUCCCAAUCCCCCGAUCUUUUUAGCGGUUCUAUCAGAGAGAACCUAAAUCCAACAGGUGGUAUAAAUGAUUCGGAAAUAUGGAAUGUUUUGGAUCAGAUAGAACUGAGUUUUCUUGUUCGAAGUUUACCAGGAAAGUUGGACCAUCUUUGCACUGGUGGCGGUUCAAAUUUUAGCGUUGGUCAACGGCAGUUGUUUCGUUUAGCAAGAGUUUUAUUGAAACAGAACAAAAUAAUAAUUUUUGAUGAAGCAACAGGCAAAGUAGACAAGAAAACAGCGGAACAAAUACAGAAGGUUAUUCAUGAUGUACUUAAAGAUUGUACAGUAAUAAUAAUCUCACAUCGUAUGACUACAAUUCAGAGAUGUGAGAAAAUUAUGGUGUUGGAGCAAGGUUCCAUUGUUGAGUUUGAUAAACAACAUGUUUUGCCUAACAGACAAAAAGGGUUCUUAUCGGAACUCGUGAGAAUUGCCAAUGAAGACAAAAUGUACUGAAAUGGACAAAGCGCCGAGUAGAUAUUUAAUCCAUUUGAUGAUUUAAACAGUAUAUGAAUACAUGUAAUUUUAUAUCGAUGGUAGACUUAAACUCUGUAUAUUUAAGUCCCAUAUAGUAGACAGCAUUUAACCCCUAGUUUAGUAGAUGUAUAGUUUUAGGCGUCCAUAAUAUAUUGCAUAUAUAGGCCUAGAUAGAGUUAUCUACGUCUUCGAAUUCGUCGAUUUAGAGACUUAAAUUAAGAUCUAGACUUGAAUAGUGGGUAUAUAGAUUGAUGAAUCGUAUACCAAUGUUGAACACCUAUAUUUAAGGCUCUGCGCAAAUUUAUUUCCUAAUUCUGUGUACGAAAUACGUUGAUCAUGAUGUAUUAGUAUAAUGAUGUUAAUUAAUCUGAAAUAUGUACGGCACUGUUGUUUGUUUCCGUUCACAACUCAUCGACAUAAAGCGCGUGUCAAUUCCGAUAACACCCAAACCCCACAAAGACAGACAAAUAUGGAAAGGAUGGAAAGGAGGUUAACCAUAGGGAAUUUUGUUCUACUUUCAAUGGCACACAAAUCAGAACAUUAUUACAAAACGAAAGUAUUUCAAUGUUCCUAGUCUAGAAUUUAAAGCUAAUAACAGUAAGAAAUUUGUAGUGUCGAUGUGGAUAUGUGAAAGUCUUUCCAUUUUGUUCAAUGUUUUUAAGGUUCCAAUUAAAAUGAUCUAGUGGUCCACUUUCGGGAAAAUAUCAGACUCAGCUUUAAUUAUUAAAUUAAGUAAGCUUAUAUGAAAUUCGUCCCUCAAUAUAGAACACGUCCAACACUAUUUUGAAGUCCCUUCCGCAAAAAAGAAGGACUGGAAAAUUGCAAUAUCUACAUGAUCGAGACGUAAAUUCUUGCAGUUUUCCUGGAGCAUAACAGGGGCGGAUCUAGCUUAAAAUGUGACCGUAUCAUAUUUCUAGGUCUCGCAUAACUAUGGGUGUCCGGGGGCAUGCCCCCCGGAAAUUUUUUGAAAUUUGAACCCCGGAAAUGCCAUUUCCUGCGUUCUGAGCCCAUGAUUCUGGCCUAAAAUUUGGCCUUAACAAGGUCAUAUUUUAAACACAAAGUAACAGAAAAACACGCAAUAACUCUUCUUGGUAUCAGUGUUCAAGUUUCUGUUUCAUGAAACGUAGCCGGGGGCGUUUUGACAUAGAAAAGUCGGCUUUCGCGACUGAGUACAUUUAAUAUUCUCGGCCGCUCCCUAUUUAAAUUAAUAACAUAUUGCACGCGCAAUAGUCGCAAUGCCGCAAUAUGACUUUACAAAUUAAUAUCUUCGGUUAGGCGAAUGCUAUGAAAACAAAAAUACUACCGUUCGGUUCAUUGAAAGAAUAUCUCCUAAUUCCUAACGAUAGUUUUAGUCAAUAUAGCGAUUUAUGAACUAUAAGAGGUCAAGCAAUAUCAUAUUAUUUCACUAUAUUACUCAAUUUUCUCGAACAAUGUAUACUAAACCAGCCAUACCUUUCGCCGAACAUAACUUCGGCCCCCUCGGACAUAUCCUUUUCGUAAUAGUCUUGUUCUAAUUGGCAUCCAAUACACUAUUUAUAAAGUGUUAUUUCAAGGACGACUUCUGACAUUAUGUAAGGCCAUCACUCACUCAGUUACGUUAGAAGAAAUGCGGCUGUUUAAUUGCAAUAUGAGACGAAGUUUCCGAGCGGUCCACGAUUAUUUCAUUUCUUGCGCAAUCAAAAUACAGCCACAGUAUCAGAGUGUAUCCGACGUCAUAGAUACACGUGCUGUGAUUGGCUGGAUACCCUCCAAGGUAUCCAAAUACCUCAUUAAGUUAAUAUUUUUAGUAACAUUUGAACCGCGGACCGUAUCAGAACACCGCAGACGCAUUUAAAAACAUUUUCCCGAUCGGUUUACGUAACCUCGGGUUAUGCCUUCGGAAAGCUCUCGGCUCAUCUUCGUCGAAAGUAAUUUAAUGCUUUAAAAACACGUCUAAUGUUACAUUUAGAGCUGUGAAUUUUAAAAUUUACGAAAGAAUUUGCCCUCGUUCAUCUUAGUAAACUCAAAUUUUCACUAUUUUUGUAAACAGAAGUGAAUUGCGUGAAAAUAUAUUAAUAUUGAAUUUUUCCCCAAAACGAUUUUAGUAUGCAUAAUCGGAAAAAUCUGACCGUAUCUUGAGCUACACUCGAUAUCCCCUGGAUCCGCCCCUGGCAUAAUAUGUUGUAAAAUUAAUUCCAUAGACAUUCAAUGAAGAAAGCAUGCAAUUAAGACAUUGCAUUUUCUGUGUUAUUUCAAUCACGACAAACGAAUAAAUGUUGUUGCAAUUUUCUAACAAGGGUAUAGACGAUCUUCAAGAUAAUGAUUUUAAAAUAACUAGAAUAGAAAAUUUAUUAAUAUAUUUUUGUAAAUAAAUAAUAUAAAUGGCAACCGCGCCUACAAAAUGUGCAAGAAGUCAAUAACGAAACAGCAAAAUGAAUUAUUCUACACAGUCCUUUUUUAAAUUUUGGACUAUUCCUUUUUUAUUUGCGGAGUUGAGCAAUAAUAUAUAAUAUUAACUCAUGUCAGCAAAUUAUAAAAUAUCAAUUAAGUACAAAAUAUACGGUUACCACUGAGUAAUUUCAUGGGCACUCCGAAAACAAACUGUUUUCGGAGUGUCCAUGCAUUGUUUUACGUUUUUCCAAUUAUUUAACUAUUGUACUUCGUGCUACAAUUGAUCCGUGCGUGUAAUGACUAUUAUGGUUGAAAGGUAGCGUAUUUCCUAAAAUUAUAAGAAUGGUUAAUUUUAGCCAAAAACUCGGCUUGGUUUGUAAAAAAACAUCAAUUAUAAGCUGGAUAGACACUGACGAAACAUAACAAGACAAGACAAUUUAUUGGUCCACAUUGCAAAAACGUACCAAUAAGUUUAUAGUUUGCUAUUGAACCUUAACUGGUAUACCGUAGGUAACAACUAUCAAUGCAUAACUGCAUUGAUCCUUAUAGUAUUUACGAAACGGUUCAAUCCGCAUUUGAGGUGAAUGAUUUAGCUGUCUUAUAAGACUGUAGGGCUGAUCUUGCGAAGAAAAUCGGCGCUAUAUCGGAGAGUUUGGUUGAGCAGUUACUAGGCGCCAUAAAUAGCACGAGCUAUACAGUUUAAUAAGUAGAAGUAUUGGCGCCGAGAUCUUUAUUCUGAAGAGUGUGCAAGAUAAAAAAGACACGUCAUGUACUGCAUAGUGCAUGCAUGCAAUAAAGUAAAUUUAAUGUGAUAUGUCAAUUUGAUUUCGUUUUAGGCACAGAUGGUUUUAGGCCGUAUAACAAUAUUUAUAAGCGAACAAGAUGCGCGGCAAUGAGCGCCGCCGCCGCAAAUUUUUUUCCCGUACACAGUCGGACUCCUCAUUGAUAGUCGGACGCAUCAUUGACCCGCGCCCGUAAACAAAAUAUUCAGCGGAUACUCGUCGCUCGCAAUUGGUGAUUUCAAAAUCAGUAUUGCUUGGUUGAGAUGUCAAAAUCUGAGCAGGAUACAUUGUGGCUUCAUACCUUGUGUGGUGAUGACAUCCGCCAGGAGCGAUUGGCAUUGCAGAAUACCCAUCCACUUUUUAAGCUAUGCCUUUCAAACAUCAUGAAUACGAUGUAUUAAUACAUCUACAUUUAUUCUCAGUAGAUUAAUUAAUAAUAAAUAGAUGGUGACCCGGUAAAGGUAGCUACAAGGCAUAUAGUGACUUAGCAUUAAUAGAUUAUAAAUUGUCAUAGUGUUAAAUGUAGCUCUCUAUUCUAGUGGAUAUAGUCGACCGCAUGGGAAUUAUGGCGCGAGGAAAAUUACUGUAAGAGACAUAGAGUUGUUAUUAUUUUUGUUUUAUUUCGAAGCAUUGGCAUAUAUGUUGAUCGUUCUUGUGUUCAACUGCUGCAUUUAAGCUAAAUACACUGUAUUUUGCCAUUAUUUUUAUAGAAUUCGAAUAUAUUUUGUGAAAAUGGAAUCUGACAACGAUGGCAAUGUUGUUUAUGUUGUUGAUCCUAAGUAUGGGAAAAGUUCGACUUAUGAAUUUAAUGUUGAUUUAGAACUGUUAUUGAACAAACUGUUCCUACAUCUUGCUUUGGCAAAUGGUAUAACAUCUAAUCCAGCCAAGUUGUGCUCAUUAUCCAUUCAAGCAAUGAAACUAUUGAACCAGAAAAACAAGACCAACUUGUUAUAUAAAUUUGCCCAUACCAACCUUAGAUACAUACUUUAGUAUGCACACAUGUACAUAGUUCCACUCAUGCAUGCACUGUGUUGGUAAUAUUGUUAUUUUCAGGCUACACUUACUAGGGAAUUCAGCAUACGCAUAUGUACAUAGUUCCAUUUAUGCAUGCACUAUGUGGGUAAGGUUCGUCUCAGGUUAUACAAGAAGUUUUGAAGAAUAAUUGCCUUUAAUAUACUCUUAUUGUAUGCAUUUGGUGACCUGAAAAUGUUGCAACGAAUCUUAAAGGUAGGUUACAGUCGCAUCUGCGCAUGUGCUGGACUUUUGUUUAUGUGGGGACACACAGGAAGUUGUCAUCCUCUGUUUGUGCUCGGUCCAGUCUCAUUUCUGGCAAUAACACGCGCGUUGUUUUUAUCGCAAUUGAAUUUAAUGCCCAAGGAGCGAAGAAGUUUCCAAAAUAUUUUGAGCUUUUUUUGCGACAGUCCGUCAAAUAACGAGUUAUUGAGGCAACAUGACGAGUAGGAAAGGACACUACGCUAACAGGGAUGCUUCGAAAGUGUAUCAAAGUGUAUCUAUUUUAUUGUUUUCCUCGAUGGAGAGCGCAUUCCAUUUCUGCGUCUGCCCAUGAAUGGCCAUGAUAUACCUGCAUCCUCAAGCUUCUACCAAAGGUUGUCAAGAAAAGAAUCCUAGAAGGAUUGGAGAUUGCUCCGAACAUAGCUGCAAUGUUGAUCCUUCAGAGAAAUCGCUUGUUGAAGCCCAUCAAUCGAGGUUUUAAUGACUAUAAAAUUUUCUUUAUUACACUAUUUCACUAUCGUUAAUAUAUACGAACUGUUUAUCUAUUUUGUUUACAAACUGAAACCCAUAAUAUAAUUAUAAAGGCCUAAAGAUAUGAUACUCGAGACUAGUGAGUUGUCGAUGAAAAAAUAAUGAACAAUUUGGAGUGAACAUGUUUGGGACUUUUGGAUGGCUGUUUAUAUAGACGUGUUAUUGUCACUUGUCAGAGUGAUAAUCUACUUGGCUGUGGCAGUGCUUUACUGUCUUUGACUGUCUGCUCAUGGACAACUUGUGCUCACUUAAAACUUAAUAGAAACACAUCAAAAAGUUUCUCUGAUCAAAGUUAAAGUAGAUUUUAAUUUGAUCAAAGCACAUAACAGUUUAAAUGCCUUUUAGUUGCUCUGAAGACUGAAGUUACAGUACUUGACCUAAUGGGGUGUUUAUAUGGAGGCAAGCCAGCUCGGGUGCCUGAGCUAGCUCGCUUGGCCGAGAUCUAAUGUUGCUAGAUAAUUUAUACUAAUAUUAUUGUACUAAUUGUAGUAAAUAAGACUUUCUCAACAGAUUUUUGAUCUAUAAUUUUAUAAAUUAAUGCCUCUGUGAACAGUUGUGACGGUCAUAACCAUGACAGUUUCUCGCGAUGAUUUGUUUUGGUGCCAGCCUACUACAUGAUGAAAUUAGCUAGGCAAAGUCACCUAGCUCAGGUAACUGGGCUGGCUUGCUUCCAUAUAAACACCCCUAAGACAUUUAGCUUAUAAAAGAUUUUGAUCACAACUACUUAUAUGAUGUAAGCAAACUCAACUAAUAAUUACUAGUAAGUAUAUUUUCCACCCUAAUUGUAAGUAAAAGCUUGCAUAUAAGAACCUGUAUAAGGGCUUGUCAGGCUAAUUUUUCAGUAUUUAGACACCCAAUCUGUUUAGGCUAGUAUUUCAGGUUCUUAUUUUAUCACAUGGAGAACAGUCAGAUCUAAAAAUGUAUAAAAAUCAAAGAGAAUAAACUCUUCACAAAGUAAUGAAAAUGAUCCAGAACCCUGAAAAUGUCAUUGAGAUAAAUAAAGUGUAGCUUUGCAGUGCAUACAGCUUUGUAUAAGUGCAUAUAUACUGGCAUUUAUAGAUGAUCAUGACUGAUAUAGUUACUAUACAUGUCUUGUCCAAAAGUGGGGUCAGAUGGGGGUUUGAAAUCUGAGCUUUCUUUCUCCUAGAUGGAUUGCCAGCCAAGGCUUAUGAGCUCCAUCUACACAAAGGAAUCUGAUUUUAAGGUGCCAGACACUUGCCAGUUCAUAUUGUACUAUAAUUGCCUGAUUUUGUGUCACAGAACAGGCUGCCGUGCAUGGUCUGUUUUGGGACAAAAUUAGACAACACAGUAAAACCCUGCGAAUAAGAACCUAGAAUUUUUCCAAGUUAGCCUAAACAGGUUCUUAUGUACAGGGUCUGAAAUAUAUAUUAGUAUCCCGAUAUCCACAGGAUACCAAAAAUUUGGUUUUGGAUCCCAAAUUAUGAAUAAUAUUAUCCUCAGACUGGAUACUAAAAAAUUUCCUUUGAUGGGUUCCUGAAAGUUUUUGAAUAUUAUCAGUUUACCACCAGUCUUUCCUCAAUGAGGACUAGCAUAUAGAAGUUUGUUGAAGGAUUAUGUGGAUUAAUUGUUUAUUUGUUGUUAACUGUGGAGUCUCCUCAGUUGUUAUUGUAAUUUGUAACAGUGAGUGUUAUGGAAACUUAUUUGGAUGGGAUCAUAGGAUAUACUAAACUUUGAAUCCUGGUAUCCCCUUUGGAUACUGAGAAAAAAUAUAAAUUUCAGACCCUGAUGUAAAUGGUGCUUAUCUGAUUGUUCAUGUUACAAACUGUAAUUAUAUUUAGUAGCUAUAUUCAGUAUUCUCAGGGGGCAUAUAAAGGCUAUAAAUAAAGCCCUGGAGUCAUGCUUGUGCUUUACCCCUUGGAGUUCUCCUUUAAUGUCUGUAUAUAUAUAUUACCAUAUAACCCAAUAAAUCUGUUAAAAAAAAGAAAGAUUCGUUGAUGUAAAUCAAAAUUUCAUCAGUGUUUCCUGGGCAUUCUGAUGAGCUCUGAUAUAGAGCGAAACAAGCAUAUAUUUAGCAAUUGUCCUCCGUCUUGAAGCGACAUGAUGAAGUAACCUGAUCACCAGAAUUGUUGAAGCUACUAUUAUAUCAUUCAGUGUCACAAGAAUAUCAUCAUUUAGUGUCAAUAUGAGAGUAAUAUCAAUGAAUUCAUACUUCCAGUUCAUAAUUUCAAAACAUACAUUUUUAUAACACAAAAAAGUUGAAUAUAAUCUUAGCGUCUCGUACUCUCGUCACUGUCAAUCUAUUGAACUCUUCUGUUGUUUAUAUUAAAACAGCAUCCAAAAUUAUCUCCAUAGCGCGCACCAGCUUGAACAAAAGCUGUUUAUCCAGCUUUUGUACGGUCAAAAAUUUCGCUCUUGGCUUUGCCACGAAGACAGGAACUGCAGCCACAUUCUCAAUCACACUUGUUUCGAAUUUCGUCAAGCGAAAAGCUUUCCCCAAGUGCUUCUGUCAUAAUGACAACAACAACUCUGGCAACAUGUUUCGAGCGAUUGAUACCACAUGAACUAUUUUCGUGAUUAGACACAAACUCCAAAAGUAAACACUAAACACAAAUUAUUCGAACUCACACCUUCGGGAUUUCGGUUCGCCGCCCCAGCUGUGGUAUAUAGCAAGUCACACAAGGUUCAAAGCGGCCUGUUUAUUCACAAUGUUUACAGUUAAAGAGUUACAGUAUAAGAUUGUGUACAAAAAUUUCCAGUGUAGAAAUGUACAAUAAAUGCAGCGAAGUAUUGUAAAACAUUGCACUCCUCGGUCACAAAUUAUCAUGUGGAAUGUUACUUUGAACUCGUCAUAUACUUCAUCUUAUAUAAUUAAUGUGGAUCAAAACAAAAAACGUAAACAAAGUCCAGCGCAUGCGCAGAUGCGACUGUAACCUACCUUUAAUUAAAACAUAGAAUUUUGCAUUUGCAAAUUAUCUGCAAUUAGGUGCUUAUGUUUCUAGUAGGGUGGAAGAGGGUUUUAUAACAUAUGUCAUAUUGAUGUUAAUUACUUCCGGUGAUUAUGUCGCUGUGACAGUGACAUUUGUUGAUAACCCCUUAUGCAGCUAAUUCAAUUAACGUUGUCAUUCACAAUUGUACAAUAUUUAUGCGAGUGCUAAAAGAAUGAUGGGGAUACAGGCGUAUAGAAUACCACACAAAUUUACAUGUUCCAUAUCUUUUGUCAAAUGCAUAUAACAUAGCCUUGUUAAAUAUUUUUAGUAUAGUUUUUCAUUUGUUUUCUCCCUGUGGGGUCUUGGGGUUAGGUUUGGCAGAUUCUAUUAUUUUUUUAUAUCGGACAUUCUGUGGAUAAAAUCCUAAUGUAAAUGUACCACAGAAUACCAUUGCGGCAAUACGUAAGGAACGGUUUAUCAAAUUAGUACAAGGGAUUUGAUGUGUCAUGUUGUGCGAAAACACUGUAGUCUGUACAGAUAUUGCUAAUUUAAUUGAGGGCCCUGAAGGGGUAAAAUGGGAACUGGGAUUGAUCUAUUUCUAGACUGGGAAAAUGGGAUUUGGGUUGCUGGGACUGGGAUUUGGCCACUGGGAAACGAAGUCCUCAAAAAUGGGAAUGGGAUUGAGGUAAUGCCAGUCAAUUCUCAAUUUUUCUACGUUUUAAGUAUUUUAAAAUACAAUUUUGAUCCGUUUUUGGUGUCUUUGGUCGUGAUUUUUGUUGUUAACUAUAUUAUUAACAGUAUUACCUGCGAACAGGCAUACUCUGGCGCCCGGAAUUCUGGGUUUUCUGAUUAUCCGUCUCUCAGAAUGCUGCAAAUGCCAUUUCCGGGAUUCAAAUUUAAAAAUUUUCCGAGCCCCCUCCCCAAUAUUUCAUAAAGUGUCUACCACUUGCACACAUGGUGGCUUAAAAGGUCUUAAAACUGUUUAUUCUACCGAUAAAUAAAGGGUUUUUUAUUGACUGGGAUUUCAAUAACUCGGACUGGGAUUUCUAAUAAAAAUCCAACUGGGACUGGGAUUUUGCCAAAAGUUCAGGUGGGAAAUGGGAUUGGGACCCCCUCCCCCUUCAGGACCCUCUUAAUUUAGUGGAAGGUAAAUACUAAAAUCACUACAGAAUACCGGUGGUAUAUGUACCACAGUAUAUUAGGUUUACCAAUAAUUUUGUGAAAAAUUGAGUUUUUUAUAGUAAAUUUGAUUACUCAGUGAGAUUCUUGAAUAGUAAAAAUGUUGUAUCGCUUAGAAAAACUGUUGAUGAAUGUAGGCUAAAUCAUGCGAUCUAAUUAUUUUUCAAAAUUUCUGAUUUUACAUGCAUUAAUUAAGCAGAAAAAAAGUACCAAAAAUAAGGAAUUUAUUUGUUGUUUGUCCCGAUUAUUUUUAUGAAUUUUAUGAAAAUAUCCCUUUUUCGUUUCUAUACGAUCAUUGAGACUAAAAGUAACUGGCCGUUUGCUGUGACCUCAAAAAGUGCCUCGAAAAUGAUUUUAAUUACACAUCUUGGAACUGAAAUAUUUUUAUGGGAACUAAUAUAACACUUUCAAACAUGCUGAGUUCAAAUCCGAAACCUUCUGGCACCGUAGACCCGCAUUUUUCUCACAAACUGCUAUUUUAUCUUCACUAAUUUCUCAUAAUUUUACAUUGUUCAACGACACGGAUGGAUGAAGACUAUAGAAAUAAUAGACACUAUAUUGUAUAACUACAUUUAUAUACACUCGAAAUUUCCAUUUAUACAAAAUCGUUCAACAUUAGUUCAAUCCAGUGAGAUGCCCAAAAAUCCUGAUAUUAGUGAUAUUUACCAAUAUACCUUUCCAUGAACCGGUAUCACCAUAUACAUAAGUUUUCGGUAAGAGCUCGUCAACUUCACUCUGUAGCUCAGUUGGUUAGACCGCUGCGCCAUGCUGAAUCGCAGGUUCGAUGGUUAGAUCUGAAUAAAUGUAUAAAAUUUGCACUCGAAAUUUCCCUCUACAAAAUCCUUCAACAUAGUCAUAGUUCAAUCGAGCGAAACACCAAAAACUCCUGAUGUUUUGCCAUUUUUAAACAGUCUUCAGUGAAAUUUCCACUAGCGAAUAUAUUAUGUCGGGCAAAAAGGGUGUAUAUAGUCAUUUGUUUUAUAAACUCUCAGCUGGAACUGAUUAGAGAUUUGUCCAUUUCUUUUCAAUGUUAACAAUAGAGAUUUCAUUUCGCAUUUAGUUCCUUUCUCCACAUUCAUUUUGUGACAUUGAAAACAUGUAGAUCUUAAGGGGCCGUCGACAAAUAGAUUUCGUCCACCGAUCGCGGACUUGUUCUGCGAUUGCUUCAACACCCCCCUCCCGGACCAAUCCAACGAUGGAGUCGGCGGCCUCUAAUAUUGUAACCAACAACUUGACAAACAAAGGAUGAUAGACUGGAAGCUUCAACUCAAUAUGACCAAAAUCACACUCAAUUGAGCACAUGGAGGACAAGCCCGCAUUGUAUUUACAUGGUCAGCCUACAAUCAUAGUACUUCAUGUGACCUUCUAACCAGUGGCAAUUGGCAACCGGUGCGUGUUAAAAGCCUAAGUACAGUUUGUCAGUUUUUCGGACUCAUUUAAAAAAACCAUUACCAGCAGACAAUUUAAUUAAGAGUUCCUUAUAUAGGUUAACCUCUGGUUGCUCCUGCAAGGCCUUUGUGUGUAAACAUCAUUGUACCUUGAAUAAAUUGAUUGAUUGAUUGAUUGAUUUAAUAAAAUAUAAGAAAAAACAUACUCCGAAGAAUAAUAUCCUCGCAAACCCAAGAUACGAGUUUUUUCGAACAAGACAACAAUUUUGUGGUGAUAUUUCGACUCUAUUUCAAAGUCAUUGUCAAACCAGAAUAAACUAUCCACAAGCUUGCCAUCAUACUAUAUACAAACAAACAGGAAGAGAUGACGUAAUAGUAAUGUAUUGUUAUACAAAUAAUGAAUGUUUUUAGUGCAAUGGUAAGUAUAUUUUCAUGAGGUGAAAGAUGGAAUGUUCCAUUCAACGAGGCGACAGCCGAGUUAACAUCACAAGCAUCAUAUUUAUCUGAGUACAUCAACACCAACACCAACACAGAAAAAAUUCAUGAUUAUUAGAUUACACCGAUAUCGAAGGAACUAGAUUCUGUUCCGAAAUAUAACAUAUUCGAACCGACCUGACCGCGUAUAGCUCAGUUGGCAGAGCAUUGGGCUAGUAUUCCAAAGGUCGUAGGUUCGAUUCCCAAGGUGGCCAGGCGUAUUUUCAAGUGUCAUUAAGGUUGUCAAAGAUGUGGUUCAAAUCACGGUUAAUAGAACUAGAUGGUUAGGCUAGCGGCGAAACUUCAAAGGUGGCGGCGAAUGAUGUUGGGGAUCAAAGGAAAAAAAUAUCACGUGACGAGAUACGGGGGUGAGAUGAGUGACCUUUGUAGGAAAACAUUAGCAGAAUAUCAGGUUACAGCUAUCAGAAGUGUUUUUUCUGACCAUUCGAAGGUUUUUUACUGUAAUGGAGGGCAAUAUCGAAGCAGAAGAGCUGCCGGAAGAAUUUGAGAUUGAAACAAGUAUUGACGACAAUGAACGUAGUUUACGACCGGGAAAUGAAGGCGAACACGAAGACGAUUCUAUGGCGUAUUCUGAGUGGCCAUACGAUCAUUAUGAAGAUUCAUUUAACUUUGAGGUAUCUGUGGCUAUUACCGAGGCCGAAACGGAUGAGAUGACUUCAGAGUUUUCUGAUGCACUGAAGGAAAUUGAUGGUGAGAAAUCCUUUCCUUGUAGUUUAUGCGACAAAGUUUGCAAGUCGAAAGGUGGUUUGACACGACAUACGAAUUCAAAACACUCUGAAGUGGCCUCAGGAAGUCAUCCUAAACCUAACCUUUGUAAAGACGAUGUUGAUUCUUUUGUCAAAGCAAUCAAAGACACAAUUAUAGAGGAGAAACUUUAUGGUGCAGAAAUAAUUUCAGGAUUGGACACAGUAUGUUCUACUGAAGCUUUGUUCCCUGCUUUGCUGCCGAUCUACCAAACAUUCUGUAGAAAGAAGAAUCAAGACAAGCUUUUGGAAUUAUUUUAUGGUUUAAUCCCACGCUCAUGUGAACUACUGUCUUGUAAAGAUUACAGAAUAGCCAACUUAAUAAUGAUUCAUCUCCCAGAACGUUUAAUAAAUUUUUAUAACAGCAGUAAAUCCUUGGCCGAAAGCAUACCAAAGGAACAGGCACAACUUGACCCAGCAGAGUAUGGACCUCUCACUUAUGUUGCAGGGUAUGUAAUUGCAAAGCUCUACCAACUGAGUAGAACCAAGAAAGGAGAAAACAGCCAGGAGCUACAGAGAUUAUUACAGAGUGUUAAAAGUUCAGAGCCCAACAACUACAUUUCUGCUAGAACGAGAGGCGGCCUUGUUACACCUUGCAGGGACUUGGUAAAGAUUGUAGAAAUUGCAGAAAUUUGUUUCAGGAAACAUGUUGACCAAAAUGAUACAGUUCUGAGAAAUAUUCCUCUUGAAACAAUACUAAACUUAACCCUAAACUCACCCAUUGUUAAAUCCUUGUGGGAUAAUAUUGUGUCAACAGAAGGUCAACUGUCCAGUUCCACACAGAAACUGUGCUUGGAAAAUAUCAUUAAACUGUAUAUAAGAGUUCGUUCAUUUUCGUAUGCUAGAGAUUUGAUCACUAAAUAUAAUAUAAAAGCAAAGCAGCUAAAAAAGAAAGCCUUAAGGACAGAUUUAAAGAGAAAGUGAUGCUGUCAUCUUUACAAUUGUAAAUAUUUCUCUGUAUAUAUCAUAUUAUUAAAUUGCUUUUAUUAUGAUGUCUUGAAAUAGAAAUUCUCACACAAUGACCCUUAUUUGAUUAUAACAUGACAUGGGGGAAUUAAUGUUUAACCCACUGAGCCGCAUUGCACCCUGAUGCACCCUACUUUAGUAUUUUACUCGGUCUAACGCCAGACAAUUUUACUCGUCAAUGGGAGAGCGCUGGCGCUUAAUGGGUUAACCCAUUCAUUGCCCUUCCCCUUGAUGAGUAAAAAUGUCUGGCAGUAAAAUAACAAAGUAAGGUGCAUUGGGGCAUAAUACCAUGUAAAGGGUUAACAAGACACAUAGGGAGAUAGUAUGAUUGAUCCAUCUAGUGCGAGCACUUUCCCCAGUAGAACUUAAAUUAAGUAGCAUAGGGUGCAUUGGGCACAAUGCUAGCUACUCAAGUUAAAUUUCUCCAGCUCUGCCCAGCAGAGAUUCAUAAAAGCUAGAAUCUUUAAUUAAUUACUUUUUAAUGUUACAACUUCAUUCAUAUGUGGUAAAUGUUGUAUUCAAAAUCAUAUUCACAAAACAGUAUUUACAUUAUCAACCCCAAUCAAUUGUAAGUCUUUCAUUAUAUCUGAGACCAAAUAUUGAUAGGUAAUAAGAAUUCAAAAAGUGAACAAGUGCUAUUAAUUGAAUUUUUGUGGAAGAUACCAUAAUUAAAUAAUCAUUGUGUUUUCAACAAACUAAUAAUAUCACCAUGCAAACAACUUAUUAAAUACAAUUAAUUCUUGACAGUGUCAAUAUUCAUUAAUUUUGACCACUGAGUCCUACAUACUGACAGGUAUAAGUCCCUAAACAACAACACAAUUAGUCAUUUACAAAGUAUCAGAUCAGUUUUGCCUGUGGUUUUGCACAUCUGAAGGAGCCAAAUGUUAUUACAGAAUUAAUUAACAUGCAAGGUUCUUCCUUGGUUAGUAAAACAAUUAGCAAAUGUUCUACAGUACCCUGUGAUGAGUAACAUCUUCUGGGAUCAGAGUAAAAGAAUAUAGUAGGCGACUGCAGCUUAAAGCAUUACACACCAUCUGGCAUGUGGUUUAAUUAAACUGUGCUCAAAUGCAUCUCACAAUUUUACCCUACUAAUGCGAAAUAAUUUAUUGCACAAGAGAGAACCUUGCACAUUAAAGUAUAUUGAAAUGUAUGGAAAUAAAUUGUGAUGUACAGUACAGAAAUCCUCUAACAUGUUUCAGGCAUUUUCUUAUGAACUAAUAGAAACUUCUGUAAAUUAUGCUUAAAUGCACACAAAACAGCAGCGUCGUGUAACUGUCUAAUGUGCACCCAACACCUGUGUCAGACUGUCUAAUGUGCACCCAAACAAUUAAUUUGUGUAUAUAAUAUAGUUUUGUAUAAUUUGAAAAUUCAGUACAUCUAUCUAGUCAUCAGAGACAUCAGAUUAUCAUUGUUUAGUAACCUUUUUCCGCUUGUGCACUGGUUCAUCACUGACUUUAUACCACUUUUGCUUUUCAUAUCUCCCCCCAACAUUUCCCCGAAUCACUGGUGCAAUGUCUCUUUGAGCUGCAAUUGUAAGGUCAUUGUAGCCAAACUGUUGCGCUGUCGGGUUGUCCGAUCUUCCUCCUUUGCUGCGUUGAUGACCAAAGUAAUCCUCCAGUACAUCUUGCAUGAAUCUCUCAGACAAGACAUACUGGAAUCCUUGCUCCAAGAGAAAUUUGAUUGCUUCGACAUGGGAAAAAGCUGAGAUCUUAAGCCCCUCGUAUGUCUGCAAUGACAAAAACAUCUUGCCUCUGCUGUCUUCAGAGAAUUCACCAGGACGUGUUGAGACACUCUCCUUCCAAUCAUCAAGGUACUUGAUAAACUUUUCAAGCAACCAAGAAAACCGUUCAUCUUCAGAUGAUGUAUAUGGCCUGAUGAAUGGAUUUCUUUUCCUGAUAUGUUCUGUGGUUGACCGAACAUUGGUGCAGUCAAAGAAAUCAUUCAUCAUGCCACAAAACUUUGCAGUUUCCACGACUUCUUCUUUCUCGCUUUCCUGAAGGGCUAUCAUCACAGACUUACUGAGAACCUAUAUAGAUAUAGACAGAAAAACAUUUAACCAUUAGUGUACACGACUUUCCCCUUGUCUGGUGUACAGUAUGUUCGUCAGUCAGUAAAGUUAAUUGUGGCAUUAGUUAGGGCAUACAAACAAAAUAGGGCACAUUACAGCUUAAUUAAUGGGUUACAACAAUGCACUGUUGGCAUCAAUCACUAUCAGGGCUCAAGAUUUGCAUUUUUUGCCAAUAUCCAUGUGCUGAUCAUUACUAAUUGCAUAACAAUGAUUUCCAUAAAUAAGUAUUUCAAGCAAGUAUUAUAAACCUACAAACAACAAAAAAUAAACUGAGUAAGAAACAAGUUGCCAAAACAGAGCUAUUUUGUCCAAUAUUUCUCUAGUACAGUACAGACUUCAUAUUAAUUUCAAUUGAAAAUUCAAAUAUAAUAUCCUUUGAAUAUAAUAAACCUAUAAAUCUAAUAUCCCAAAUUAUAAUCUGAUAUCCUUUGGAAACUGGAAAUCUUGAGCCCUGAAAUGAGAGUAAUAAACAGUGGCGGAAACCUCGGUGGGGUGGGUGGUGGAUGAUUCCCCCCCCCCCCUUUACGGAAAAUGGACAAAUUUUCGGAAAUGUUGCCCAAAACAGAGCUAAAAACAGUCUUUUUGAGUGAAAAUGGGGGGGGGGGGGUGUUUGUCGGAAAUUUGAAGAUUUUGUCGGAAAUUUAGGACACUUUGCCCCCCACCGGAAAGAGUGAAUUUCCACCACUGAGAGUUAAUUUCCGCAGGGUGUGUUUAAAAAAUUAAUGUGCAUGUAUUACCUGUGUUGCCAACUUCACCUUCAUCUUGCUGUAUGAUGUCAGCACAAUGUGGUCCAACGUCAGUUGAGGGAGGGUGUGAAGAGCAAAUUCCUGGUCGCUGUAAAAUAGAUCAGCAAUGUGGGAAAACAGGAGGUAAUUGCCAUUGUUCCACAUAUAGCGACUGCGAGACCCAGACCCCGAGUUGUAGAGGCAGUUUCGAGCUGUCUUCAUCAGAUGGGGGGAGUCAGCAAAGAAAUAAAUGAAGCGUGAUGUUGCAAAGACAUUGGGUGUCUUGUAAACAACAUCACACUUCAAAUCUUUUGCCAGAUUGACAUGCAAGCGGAAGAACUUUCGGUUGGGCGAAGCACCAUCAUUCACAGCUGCACACACAUAUAACUGCAAAGAUAGCUCUAACACAGAUACCGCUUGCCAAAACAGUGGCAUCAGUUGGAACGAUGUCAGGUCUCCAGUCAAGUAAUAUGAAAUGACGUGCUUCAAGUCGGUACACAUUCCUCUUACCAGGAAUGCCAGAGCAUGAGUAGCCAAGGUUUCUUCUUCCACACAUGCAAAGUUGACAAUUGGAUCCCCAAGAUCAAUAAAACCGAUUAGAUCCCCCGAGUAUUUAUCAAAGACAAGAUUGGAUUGGAUCUUCAUUUCAUCCAUUACCAGAGCCACAUAUCUUUGUACUUCAGAAAAAGAUUGGGUUUUUUCUCUUAGGCAUUCUAUGUUCUCUACAUUGAUCCCCGCUUUCGGCUUAAAAUAAUUCUUGUAAUCCCUCAAGACUCGCUCACUGGGAAGUACAAGGGCUCCGCUAUCUCUAAGUUCCCUGUAUGCAGCUGGUGAUUUGCCAUGAAUGGAAAGAGCAAAUCUAAUCACCUGUGGGUGAUAUCUUCUGCCCAUCUUCUUCGACUGGAGGAGAGCCAUUUGCUGUUGCCAAAAAAAUUUCAUAUGGGGUGUGGCCUCUAGAUUUUGCCCACUCAUUAUUUUGAGUAAGUCUGUCUCGAGUUUAUCACUGAUUGCAACCCCGUCCUUUUCAAUCUUAUCUUGCAAGAUUUUCAACUGUUCAUGAAGCUGCUUAUUUUCCAAUCUUGUAGCUUCCAACGUAACUCGAAGUUUUUCUUUUCCACAUGCCGAAAGUGGUGCUUUACUUUUGGCUGGAAGAGCAGCAGAUUUCGACUUCUUCCUACUGGACUUUUUGAUCGCAUUCAGUGCACCUGAACACAGCUUACAAGGUUUAUCACAGUUUGUAUUGUUUUCCUGCAGAAGUGAACAGGCUACUGACCUGAAUGAAACCGAUACUUCAAACACUGCUUCAUUAUUGGUUACUAAUUUUGGAAGAGAAUGGCGAAUAAUUGUUCCUGGUAUCCGAGCAUCAUCUACAGGAUCCAACGCAAUAUCCUUAACCUCUGUAAGAUCAGGUAAUCCUUCGCAUAUUUGCGCAGAUUCAAUUGAUCGUAAGAGUUCUCCAAUAUUUUCAGGUCUCACAGAUCGAGCUCGUUCUUGGUAUAUCGCGUGUUCAUCGGGGAUAGGCCAAUUAUAUACAAAAAGCGUAAACGUAAAACCAGAGUCUAUAAUUAUGGUAUACUUUGGAAUUAUGUGACAGCCAUCGAGUAGUUCUAGCCUGAGCUCGCAUUCAUUCGUUUCAUGUUCUACUUUCCAACUGCCAAGAACUUCGUCUUUUUGCAUACGUUUCCAGAACUUUUCCAGCGAGAGUGAACCUUUCUUUAGACUGGUUGAUGUGCCUUUUGAUGUGCUAGGCUCGUCAUCAGUCGAAGAUCUCACUAAAACGCGACGCUUUUUAGUCUCACCCUCGUGACUCUUUGUUGGCAAGUUCUCCGUAGGAACGCUACCAGUGGCAAGAACCUUUCUUUUGGGAUCUUAAAAAUAAAACAACUCUACAUUAUCAUUUACAAUCAAUGACACGUAUCAGUGCACAUAUGCGAGCAGAGCAGUGACCCAUGACGAGCAGAAUAAUACAUAAUGCUUAGACUAAAACGCAAACGAAUAAUAUUAUAAUUACUUACGCGAAAUGAUACAUUCGGGCUUAAAAUGAAGGUCGCAAAAGAAGAUGUUGUUCGCCUCAAUUCGUUUUUUCAAAUCAGCUGUGACUUGUCUUGUUCUCAACAGCAGACGAAGCCAUUCUUCACGGGCUGUUUUCUUUAAUGCUGUCGUUUCUUCCCCGUCUGCAGCGCCAACAACUGGUAUCUUAAAUAGCGAACGCCCUUCGUGUGUUCUGCUAGUUGAACAGCCAUACAACGCGCAAUUUUGACCGACCAUACCUCAAAACUAUCUUUUUAAGGCAUGGCUACAAUAUAUUACCGGUGAAGUUUGUAAUUUAGGUCAAACAAUGUCGAAAAAUCGAAGAUAUUUGAUACGCACACAACGUCAACAAUAUAUCUGUUAACACUUUCCAUAACAAGCGCCCCCUUAUCUCGUCACGUGACGUUAAUAAAGAGAGGACAAUAACAUAUUUGUCACGUGGUCCAGCUAGCCUAACCAUCCCAUUUCUAUUAACCGUGUUCAAAUUCAGUAGAAAAUUAGCAUGUUCACAUUCCGAUAAGUGUUUGGAAAUCGAACUUGUCAGUGGAUCUGAAUGCUCCGAUAGUCGAGUAGCCAAAUUUCUUUCUGUUUUGCCUAUAUCCUAUACGAACUGUUACAACCCGGACAAGUAUAUUCAUACACAACAGGGUAAUGAGGGUAACACGAAUACGAAAUCGUACUGAUUUUAGAGCAAAAUAUGCUGCCAUAUGCCCAGAUGCAUGCAUAAAUUAAGGACAACAAUUAAUUGAUAAGGUAAACAAUUUAUUUCCCAGUUUUAAGAGCUUUGUUUAUUAAUUAAGCUUGUUUUUGAGACCAAUAUCAAGAAAGGUGCCUAGGACGUUAGUGCCACAUGUGGUUUGAUGGAAAGGUGGAAAUGGAAACUUUGGAAAUUUGGUUUUAGCAUCCUCCAAACUAUAGCAAUGAACUAUUCCUUUGUCUUUUGUCAUGUCAAUAUUGAUACAACCUGGUACCGUGUUGAGAUCGUCUUGUUCACCGACAUUGUUUUCCGCCACAAACACGAUCGACGCUUGACUCUCCGGUUCACACACGGCUUUCCAGAAGUAUUUUGGAAUAGUUACCCUCCCGUUCAACUUGUAGAGCGGGCGAAACCAGGAUGGCCACCAAUUUGACCAAGUUGAAUGAGCAGCUUUUUCCCCUGAAAGGCAAUAGGGCAAGUUAUAGAAGGGACUAAGUCAAUCUAUUCAUAGAUAUAUUUUUCUAGUUCCUAGAUUUUUUCGUUUCGUCGAGUUAGAACAAACCAUCCCAAUCAGUUUAUUUUCAAUGUUAAGAAUAGAGAUUUCAUUUCGCAUUUAGUUCCUUUCUCCACAUUCACUUUGAGACAUUGAAAACAUGUAGAUCUUAAGGGGCCGUCGACAAAUAGAUUUCGUCCACCGAUUAGAUUUCGUCCAAAAAAAGAUUUCGUCCUUGCCUGGGACGAUCUAGAGACAAGACGGUGUACAACUAAAUCAAUAUUGUUGUACAAAGUCUUGAAUGGCAACAUCGGCCCUAACCUUAAGGAGUCUCUAAUAUUGAGAAACACUCGCCAAACUAACUACGAUCUUAGAAAUAGUCUAACAGAUUUAACCCUUCCUAAACCAAAAAGAGAGUACCUUAAAAAGAGUUUCAAUUAUAGUGGAGCUAAAUUGUGGAAUAGCCUCCCGUUUGAUGCAAAGGUAGCGGAACCUGUUAGCCAAUUUAAGAAUAUUAUUAGAGGUAAUGAUAGCUAAAUGAUAUCUGUGGUCACACCAGUAACAUUUACAAUGUAAAUAUUUCUUUUCUGUAAAUAGUUAAUAUUUAACGCCCCCCGUGGAAAUCAGCUAAUUGCUGUCGGGGCCAGCGUCAUUAAAUAAAGUUUUACCAUACCUUAAAAAACUCAUUAAUAAUUCAGGAGCAAAACACAAAGAAAAAUCAUAAGCGUGUCGUGGUUUUAUAUGUGAUAAAAAAUCAUGUUAAUUUACAUAAACUUUAGCUUUGAUUUUCUCGGUUUAGACAAAGUUUAUUUUAAAAAUUACUUCGCCAAUGAACUCGUAUAAGAUGAGUCGUUUUUUAAGCCAUUUAAAGCGCUUCGUGUUUUAUAUGUGAUAAAACACUCCUACGCGUGCUUUAAAUAGUACAUACCAUACCAUAUCUUUGUUAUAGAGAUAUGUUUAGUGCAGUAAAAUGAACUACAAAUAAGAUAGGGGCCAUUCACAAAGGAUGUCCGAGCCAAGGGGGGGAGGGGGGUUUGGAAAAUCAGGACAAACUCGGACAUAGGGGGGGAGGGGGUUUUUAGCAAUCCGGAUGUCCGAAAUUUUAAAAAAUUCAAAAACAAAUUUCUUUUUCCCUCUAUUUUGAGCCGUCCUUCUCAUUGUGAAAUUGGCAUUUUGACUGUGUGGUUAAUUAACACUAGAUUUUGUUUUAAUUAGUAAUUUAUAUGUUUUUGUAUUCACAUUUAUAAUUAUAAAAAAGUUCUAAAAGUAAAAAAAGUUUUUUACUCUUGACAUAUACAAGGUUGUGUGAGUUUUUGCUAGCCUAGUUCCUCGGCCUUCCACCCGCGGGCGAGUUACAGGCUUCAUGGAAUUUGCAGGCUGCGCGUUUCCGAAAAAGCCUCUCCCCAGUCUCCAAAAAAUCCCGGUCAACCCGCAUGCCUCUAAAAAAUCACCCUUAAUGAUCAGGCGCAAGCGAAAAGGCCGAGGAACUAGGCUAAGUUUUUGCGAGGCAUGGUGGAUGUCCGGGGGGAGGGGGGGUCACUAAUUCGGACAAUGCCGGACAAGGGGGGAGGGGGGGGUCUGAAAAUCCAUCAUUUGGCCGGACAUCCUUUGUGAAUGGCCCCAUAGUUAAAUUUUAUUUUUUUAACAAAUUUCGAGCGAUAAGCUUUUCGUUCGAGCGAAGACGAAAGACUUAUCGCUCGAAAUGUUGGUAUAAGAAAAAUGUUACUAUCUUAUAUUGGUAGUUCCUUUUACAUACAAUAACUUAUCACUAUCUGGUGAUUUUAUCUACCCAUACUGGCCCAUUAUAGUCCCCGAGCCAACGGCGCCGAGCGCCGUUCCGGACGUAAGCCCGAGGCGAGGAUACUAAUUCCGCCCGGUUAUUUACACCCGGGGGAAAGAACACACUAGCGAAAUCUAAAGCAUUGAACUAUAAGUAAACUGGAAGGCUAACUCCUAUGAUGAGGCCUAUGAUUCGUUGAAGCCGACGCGCGGGAAAUCAGCUUUCAAAAGGACUAAGGCGAGUUUCGAGGAGUGAAAAAAUUCGAUCAAAAGUUUGGGUACUCGAAAAUAAAUUUGCCAAUAUAUUUAAUAUUUUUCUACAUAAUUUGUAUCAUAGAGUCUCUUAACUCUUUUUGGAAAGUCUCAUAACUCAGAAAAACCAAACAUUUUCGCGCGGUUUAAACGAUGUUUAUUUAUUGUAAGUACUUGAGUGAAAAGAUUAAUUAACUGUCUUACGCCCGUAUUCUAAAAGCUCACUCACACUCACACUCAAUGAGUGGAGGUUCAAUCUGAGCUUCUCUUGAGUGUCAGUGCUGUUUUUGAAUAGCUGGAGGGUGAGUAGUCACAUAGUAAGGUAGGACACUAACCCUCCAGCUAUUCAAAAACUGCACUGACACUCAAGAGAAGCUCAGAUUGAACCUCCACUCAUUGAGUGUGAGUAAGCUUUUAGAAUACGGGCUUAGUAUACUCUAAAACGAAAAAGGAAAGGGGGAAAGAAAAUUAAAGGAGUAAAAGUGCGAGUGAAUAAGUUGGAGAAAUUAAUAUCGGCAAAAAGCAUAGGCAGCCACUAAACGGCUGAGUUUAAAUUAAAACUGCAGUGAAAUUAUAAAUUUAACCAAAAUAAUCACAAAUUUAGCGAAAUAUAUUGCGAAAUGUAGCUUAUAUUAUUAAAAUCUCAACCCGAUUGCACCAUCGAGUAUCGGCGAACUGACGUACAGUUCUUAUAAAGUAUACUUAAAGGCGGUUUUCCACUAGGCGAAAUUUUUCGACCGAAAAGAAAUUUCUCUUUGUCUUUUUACAAUUAGUUCUGCUCGAGAGCUCUGAAACAAAGAGAAAUUGCGAUUCGGUCGAAAAAUUUCGCCUGGUGGAAAACCGCCUUAAGGUUGGCAAGGUGUUCGAACUAUGGGCGGCCGUUACCACCAAAAAUACUACACAUGUGAAAUGAAUGGCCAUAAACAGAACUAUAAACACAAACGAUUCAUUGUGUGUAGAAAUGAUUGAACAUAACGUAGUAACGUGACUGUAUACAAGAUGAGAAAUAAUUCAUCUAAACUUGAAAUGAUUCACCUGAAAUGGCUCAACAUGUUUUGCAAUGAUUUAACACGUCGUAAACAAAUGAUUUGUCUACUUGUUAAAUGAUUCAUGCCUUUUUGAAACCAUUCGCUGCAGUGUUGUUAAAUAAUUCACCUAAAUGCAUGUGAAAUGAUUCAAGUAAAUGUCAAAUAAUUCAACUAAAUGUGAAAUGAUACAACUACAUGUAUCGAUCGUAAAACGUACCAAAUGUGAAAUAAACGAUUUUUCGAUCGUUUACUCAGCAAAAACAGUUAGCUGAACAUCGUUCACAUUGCGUUUUUAUCAGUUAUCCGUUUUUAUCAGUUAUGAUUUCUUGCAAGUAAUUCGCUGGCAAUUCUCUCGUUGAUUGCGAUUAAAAAUAGAUAGCGGGAGAGUCGAGAGGGACAGGGGACCCGUGUUCACCAAUCGUCAUUUUGUCCUGGGGGCCGUGGUUGGCUCUCGCCGGCCUUGGUGAUUCAACAUGAUGUGAAGUGAUUCAACAUGAUUUGAGGUGAUUCAACAUCAUGUGAAGUGAUGCAACAUCAUGUGAAGUGAUUCAACUACAUGUGAAGUGAUUCAACAUGAUGUGAAGUGAAAUCACUUCACAUGAUGUUGCAUUAAUUCACAUGUUGUUGAAUCACCUCAAAUCAUGUUGAAUCACUUCACAUGAUGUUGAAUCACUUCACAUGUAGUUGUAUCAUUUCACAUUUAGUUGAAUGAUUUGAUAUUUACUUGAAUCAUUUCACAUUUAGGUGAAUUAUUUAACAACACAGCGAAUGGUUUCAAAAAGGCAUGAAUCAUUUAACAAGUAGACAAAUCAUUUGUUUACGACUUGUUAAAUCAUUGCAAAACAUGUUGAGCCACUUCACAUUGUCUACAUGAAUUAACCAUAGAAAUAUUAGACCUAGAAUGCGUGCUUGGUCAUGUGACCGGUGUCCAAAUUGAAAACAAAAAUGCCCUUAUAAAUCCGCCAUGUUGAAUUUGAGUAGGAGUGCAAACUACAAACUAUAAACAAAGCUAAAAUUCGAAUAUUUCGCUGUAAAGCACGUCCAUCGGAUUAAUAGCAGCAGUUAUGGCUAGAACUCACCGAGCUCCAAAGCAAUGGUGCCUUUCAAAGCUUGAGACUAUAACUAGCUUUGAAAACUGGAGGCAGAAUUUAAUCUACACUUUGUCACUUGACAGCAAUUUCGCACCAUUUCUGGCCGAAGACGCUACGUGGGGAAAGAAGACUAGGGCCCAGCCUUUACGUGGGUUUACAGAUGACGGCGAAACCGUUUCCCAGAACAGUCGUCAAACAGCCCAACAGAAAGUAAAUUUCUUGGAACUUAUGCUUGGUCAAAUAGCAAGUUAUUGCCCAAUCAUAUCUAGGAACACUUUGGUCAAAAAUUCAACCUCUAUACAGUCUAUCUGGAAUACAAUACGAUAACACCUUGGUUUCCAAGUGACAGGAGCACACUUUCUUGAUUUUGCAAAUCUACGCUUAGAAGCAGACGAGCGUCCUAAAGACCUAUACCAGAGAUUAGUAGCCUUUGUUGAGGACUGUUUACUUCGAGCUAACAGCCUCUCCUAUCAUGGGGUGCAGCUUGCUGAAGAUAGGAGUUAACUUGGCUCAGACUUAUCAACGCUGAGUUACCAAAAUUGGUAAAACAAAGGUACGGCACAGAGUUAAGAUCACGAACACUGGCGUCUAUCAAACCAGAGAUAUCACAGUCCCUGUCAUUGUUGGAGGAAAUUCAUACAGCUGAUGAUGCCAAAAUAAUGCGUACAGCAGUUAGCAGCUAUUGAAAGCCUGGUAGUGAGAGACCGCUUGCUAGACCAAAUACCAGAUCAAAUCGACCACGUAAGUCAUGUCCCCUUUGCAAACAAGCUGGUCGCACUAACAGCAGCCACUUUUUGAGCGAGUGUAACUUCCUAGACCAAGAUCGCAGAUUUCACUUCACAAGUUGGCGACGUGACGCGCCGUUGCGCGAAGGCGCAAGCCAAAGGGCUUCGCAUUUAAUACAGCUUUAUUUCAGCUGUAUUUGCAAGAUUUGGACGCGAAAUUACACUUAAUUCAAGAUAAAGUGAAGAUUUACCUGUAAAAAGUUAAGAGCUGUUAAUCAGGUACAAGAUAAAGUAUUUUUUGCGAAUAUAAAUUGUUUGAAAUUACAAUUUGUGAGAAAGUUUUGUUGAAACAGUUUAAAUUGAUCAUAUCACGCAAGCAAACGACGCACGUCAGGUGCACGGGACAUCACUUACGUCAGCGCGAGAACGUUUUCAUUCUAAUCUGCACGUGCAAGCUCAAUUAGAACUCACUCAACUUUGAAAAUUGGAAAAUCUCACGGAUUAUAUAUUUAUUUGAAUAUUUUCAACGUAAUGAAGAAUUAUCGAAGAUUUGCGUGUAUUUUCAAUUAUAUAAGAGACGGUGUAAAAUGCUUCAUGCUCUGUGUGUUCAUUCUUUGGUUGUGUUCUAAAUCAAAACCUUACAAUCCUCCUCGCAGAAAUGCUAAAGACCUAGUUAUCAACUCAGAACUUGCAGUUUUACCAGAAAAAUUAUGUGUGAUUUGGACUGCUACCCGUGAUCUUAAGCAAAGAAAGUUUUACUAUCCGCUGCACUAUCGUUACGGACUAAAUCUUCAAGUGAAUCGAAAGUUAUCUCACGUUGUCUUAUUAAUUUUGCUCGCUGGUGAUGUAGCAACUAAUCCUGGCCCUGUGUUUGAAAUCCCUGGUUGUUUAAAAAGGGGACUCAAAGUGAGUCAUCUAAAUGUACGAAGUUUACUUCCGAAGAUUGAUUUGGUACGCCUGUUUAUCAGCAAGAAUCCAUUUGACGUUUUUACCAUUUCUGAAACUUGGCUCAAACCUUCAAUCACUAAUGCCGAAAUCAACAUACCUAACUAUCUAAUCACUCGUCAAGAUCGGAAAGACAAAGCUGGUGGUGGGACAGCUAUUUAUAUUAGGAAGGUUUACCUUACCGUACUCGAAACGACUUAUGCAGUGAAUCUAUUGAAACAUGUUGGAUUGAAAUUAUACGACCUCGUACGAAUUCAUGUUGGAUUGAAAUUAUACGACCUCGUACGAAAUCAAUGUUUGUUUGUUCAGCCUAUAUAGACCACCUGAAUUUCCAAUAAAUCAUUUUAUUGAGGAGUUAAAUCAAAAUCUUGCCAAAAUUCCGAAUAACGCAGAAAUUAUAUUAUUGGGUGAUUUCAAUGUCGACUACAAACAACGCUCAACGGUCAGAUCACGCAUGCAAACACUAGCGCGGGCUCAUUCACUCGAACAGAUCAUUGCGUCACCAACAAGGAUCACUGAAAACACGUAAUCAAUGUAAACAAUCAGCCACGUGUUGUUUCAAGCGGAAUUUACCCGUUAUUGAUCAGCGAUCAUUCACUUAUUUAUUGCUCGAUUAAAGCAAUCUGAAUCAGCCAAUAAACAUGCCCCAAUUAAAACUAAAAGAGUAAAAACGACUGCGAAAGCGCCAUGGAUGACUUCUGAACUUCUUGAACUUAUGCGUGUACGUGAUUUUCAUUUAGAACAUGCCCAAAAAUCUAACUCCGACUACCACUGGAAUACCUACCGCGAACUCAGAAAUUUCAUAAACCAACAAGUUAAGAUAUGUAAAUCCAACUACUACCAAAAUCUCAUCACUAGUAAUAAAGAUAAUUCUGGUGAACUUUGGCGGAAAACCAUCAAUGAAAUUACUUCCCGCAAUCCAACUAAAACCACACCUUCGUGCAUUAUUUCUGAAAACAUCCCAGUGAACGAACCACGAUCUAUAGCAACAAUCAUGAACGACUAUUUCACGUCCAUAGGGUCUAAACUUGCGAAUAAAAUUAAAGAUCGAUCUAUUCAAACCAAAGUUACGUGCGUCUACCACUACCGUUCCCCAUUCAUUCAAGUUCGAAGAAGUCGACGAUUUAAUUGUGUUCCAGGAACUGAGCAAAUUAAAAACUAACAAGGCCACUGGCCUAGAUGGGAUUAGUACUACACUGCUUAAAGACUCCGUUUGCGUUAUUGCACCAACUCUCACAAAGAUCUUUAAUCUCUCGCUACGCUGUGGUUCAUUCCCCGACAUCUGGAAGAAAGGUAAAGUUACCCCCAUUUACAAAGCUGACGAUCCAACGUCAUCGAACAACUAUAGACCCAUCACCAUUCUACCAACUUUGAGCAAAUUAUUAGAACGUAUAGUCCACCGUCAAAUUUACAAUUAUCUACAAGAGCAUAAGUUAUUGGCUUCCGAACAAUUCGGUUUUCGCUCCAAACUCUCCACCACUGUCGCCCUGGCUCACUUUACUGAACAAGUACUCGUUAACCUCGAUAACAAAAAGAUUACGGGCGCCGUUUCCAUUGACCUACGAAAAGCAUUCGACACGGUAGAUCACACAAUCUUGCAGGAAAAAUUAAAAUCGAUUGGAUUCUCUACCUCUGCUCUUGUAUGGUUUACAUCAUACCUAUCGAAUCGCACUCAAGUAACAACCAUCAACAAUUCAAUGUCUACGCCUAAACCAGUUACUGUUGGUGUUCCGCAGGGAAGCAUUGUCGGACCUCUUCUCUUCCUAAUUUACAUUAAAGAAAUACCUGAAUGCCUCAAACACUGCAAGUCGAUACUCUAUGCUGAUAAUACACUCCUAUACUAUUCUGCAGACAAUAUCUCUGAACUUCAGUCAAAACUCAACUCCGACCUUCAAUCCCUCUCCACUUAUCUGAACCACAACCUCCUAACACUGAAUCAUGACAAGACGAAAUUUAUAAUCUUUGCUGGUAGACAACGUUUAAAAACAAUUUCUAACCUCAACAUCACUAUCUACGAUCGAAAGAUUAAUCAAGAUCACGCAUUGGAAUACCUGGGUAUCACGAUCAGUGAAAAUCUCUCUUGGAAUGAAUAUAUCGAGAACUUGAUGAGCAAGAUCAAUCAAAGACUUGGAAUAUUACGCCGAGUCAAAUCAUUACUACCAUUAAAUGCAAGGUUAAUUUUCUAUACAGCUACAAUUCUACCGUUAUUUGACUACGCAGACAUUAUUUGGGGGUGACAAGUACAACACUGGACUCAUGAACAGUUUACAGACUUUGGAAAAUAAAGCCGCUAAAUUGAUUCUAGAUCUUCCUCCUUUCUCUUCAGCGACCGAAGCCCUCGCUAUCCUUCAUUGGUUACCUCUCUCCUCCCGCAGAUAUAAACAUCGCUGUAUCUUCAUCUACAAAUGUACUAAUGGACUGUUCGAUUUUGACUUUAAACUAACAACUAACAACUGUAUUCAUUCCUACAACACAAGAUCCUGCAACAACCUUCAUCUUCCAAAAGCCAACACGAACUGGAGUAAACUUAGACCGACUUACUACGCUUCGAUGGACUUUAACAAUUUGAACAGCUCAAUUGCAAACGUUAGUUCUCUGUCUCAAUUUAAGACUCAAUUAAAUCUACUUCGUCCUAAGACACAAUUAUUAUUGCGUGCUUGAUAUAUUUUAAAUAUAUGUGUACAGUUUAGUUCGGGUAUGCACCGUGUUUCUACGCUUAAUUUAAUUUUGAGCAUUAUUAUCUUAACUUCUGAUUCUCAAUCGAUUGAUUCUUUCCUAUCAUUUGAGGCACAUUGCAUGCUUACUGACUAAAUUAAAAUACAUUUUUAUGAAUUAUAAAUUAAUGGCCUAUUUAUCAUCGUUGUAACGUGCAUGUAUGUAUUUGUAUAUUUUUGUAUUUAAAUAUUGACAAUUUAAAUAUUGACAAUAAUUAAUAUUGUAAAUAAUUUUAAUUUUGAUGCAGGACCCCACUGGAAAACACGUAAGUGAUGUGGGUAUCCUGGAUAAAUAUAAUUAUUAUUAUUAUUAUUAUUAUUAUACAUGGUAAAAGCCAGACAGAUUGCAGAAAUUUUGGAAGAUAUCCCCGAAUCCGAGAGUAGCAUAAAUCCAGCUGAUCCCACUUGUGAUCUGAGAGAUGAAGAGUCGAAGACCAGCUCCAGAGCUUACCGCAUUCAGACUCGCCAAUCCCCAUAUGUGGACAUGUUCUAUGACCAUCAUCCAGUGCGGAUAACAAUAGAUAGCGCUAGCGGAGCAACUGGGAACAUGAUUCGCCACCGAACGGUGCAGCGAGUACUGUUGGUGUAGCAUUUGCUGCCGAUAUCGCCAAACGUCCCAAACAACUGAUCCUGGUAUUGCGAGAGUGUGUAACCUCACUCACAGCUACAACUCUUCUCGAAAACGAAGCCAUGACACGUUACGCGAUGCCCUAAUCCGUCUGUGUUUCCCAAUGAGACAAUUAGUUGGACCCAUAGCAGUCAUAAGAACUGAUCCAGCACCCGGAUUCAAUGCUCUUGCAAACGAUGAUACUCUGAAACAGCACAGGAUUUCAUUAGAAAUGGGUCAUGCGAAGAACCCCAACAAGAAUCCUGUUGCAGAAAGAGCUGUACAAGAAGUGGUCAGUGAGCUUCUCCAUUGUGAUCCAUUAGGUGGCCCAUUUUCGCAUGUUACGCUUGCGUUAGCCACAGCCAACCUCAACUCGCGUAUUCGAACGCGCGGUUUAUCAGCCAGGGAAAUGUGGUCCCAGCGCGAUCAGUUUUCAAACGAACAAAUACCUCUUCAAGAUCAGGACAUUAUCAUGAAACAGAAUGAACAACACACAAGCACCCAUGCCCAUAGUGAGAAAUCAAAGGCCCCAGUUGCAGAAUUUCGUACCCCCGAACGUAUCACCGUCGGUGAUUUAAUGUACCUAUACUCAGAUCGCAACAAGACAAGAGCACGAGACCGCUACCUUGUAGUUGAAGUAAAGGGCACAUUUUGCAAUGUCAAGAAGUUCGUGGGCUCACAGUUGCGAAGUACAUCUUAUCAUGUAAAGGUAUCUGAGUGUUACCGAGUGCCGUCGGAGCUUAAACGCUCCCGUCAGUCUACUCCUAAUGACGAAGACUCGUCGGCUGACGAAGCUGAAUCAUCACAACCACCUAUGCUGUCUCAAGUGACCCAGCGAUUUCUACGCCGACAGCGAUUUCUACGCCGCCGCAAUUUUCCCUUUCGUAAACGGUCUUUGCCAUUCCAUACGGUCUUUGCCAUCCCUGCUCGAGUUGCAUCUCGGGAGCUCGCGAGAUCUCGCCACGCGCUACGCGCGCGUUUGCAUCAUUGCACGUGUUCGUGAAAAUGUUUAUAUAAAUUAUACUGAUUUUUGAGUGAAAAAUAUAAAUGGCGGCAAGCAUAAACUUAGAGGGCUUUGAUGAUUUACUAGAGAACGUGUUAAAGAAAGUCGAUCACCGUUUCCAUUGUGAGAAACAGACACAAAAAGAAAAGCAGAAAUUUGAGAGUGCUGUUUUGGAAAAGCUUCCCGAGGAUUACCUUUACGAAGUCAAUGAAUGUUUAGGUACUGAAUCACAGUUUAAGUUGAAGGUAACUACAGAUAAUCUUUCGUCGGAUGAUUUAAAAGGAUGGCUUGCCGAAUUUCAAGCCCUCAACAAUGUAACUCUCAAAGUUAGAGCAAAGAAGAGAGAAACGAAGGGUUAUUCGACCCAGCAUUACUAUAGAUGCCAACAUGACACGAGACGCUGGAGUCCAAAAGGGAAAAUUGCUACGCCGCCUAGCCAAACUUCACACUGUAACGCACCUAGUGUUAAUGCCAAUGCCUAUUAUUACCCGCGAACCAAUGGGUCAAAUUUAAGAAACAACCCACUGUUAGAAAGCUGAAUGGCUACGCUUUAAAAUGAAUGUAAACUUUAACGUUUUCGUCUAUUAUUUGUUUAGCAAUUUACAUUUCAGUCGAGGAUUGCGCUUUUUUAUACACCCUGUAGAUAGAAUUAUGGACAUAUUUUAUGUAUCCGUUCGUACUUUUCAGAAAAGCAAUAAAAAUAAUCAUUAAUGUACAGUUUUGUUCAUGAUUUUGGCGUUUUUCAACCAUUUAUCGCUGAAAUUUCUGGGGACUGGGAACGAGCUCUGGUUUAAUAGGCAAAUGUCCAAAAUUUCUUGCCAUGAUAAAUUCGCCAUCUUGUGGAGACAAAAUUUUUACUGAGAAAAGAUAGGAGCACGCAUUCUAUGUCUAUUAUUUCUAUGGAAUUAACAUUUAACACAACACUAAUCGAAUUAGACCACUGCCAGGUGAAUCAUUUCAAGUUUAGAUGAAUUAUUUCUCAUCUUGUCCAGUCACGUUACUACGUUAUGUUCAAUCUUUUUCUACCCACAAUGAAUCGUUUGUGUUUAUAAUGAAUCAGUUCUGUUUAUGGCCAUUCAUUUCACACGUGUAGUAUUUUUGGUGGUAACGGCCGCUCAUAUUGAACUACUUGAACUACACACAAGAAAUAUAUCUGUAGUAUUUUAAAAAGCAGAAAGAAAGUUGCCCUAAAAACAAUAUAAAUAUAAACAAGGAUAAUUUUACUAACUUUUUUUGUCAGCUUUAAAUGUUGAUAAAUUUACGAAAGUUUACGGUGUUUUGUCGACUUUUUUCUCUGUGACUAUGCGGGAUGCUCGCAUCCUGUUACUGGACACAUUUUUCAAAAUAAAAUUCAGCUGUUCAUUGGCUAUAGCAAGUUUCGUCGUAAGCAACGAAAACACGAACCCGAAAUCGGUGACGAAGAAACUUGCUAUAGCCAAUGAACAGUUGAAUUUUAUUUUGAAAAAUGUGUCCAGUAACAGGAUGCGAGCAUCCCGCAUAGUCACAGCAUAGCCAGCCCAAAACGGCGUGUAGAAUGCACCAAAUGCUUCCAAAUGUCAAUUUAUAUUACGCUCGCCCCAUUUCUCUGCCAUUUGUCGCGCCGCAAGCACUCAAUGAAAAGCAUUGUUCAUAUAUAUAGAAUAUACCUAAGGUUGGCAACUGCAGUAUAUCUUAAUUGGCGAAUACACGACUUCGGCAAAACGCAAAAUACUUCGCACACGUAAAUAAGACAUCAUAAAAAUUAUAGCACAUUAAACUCAAACAUGUCCAAUACUGUCGCAUUCAACGACUCGUGAAAUUCGAAAGUCGCGAUUCACGAGUCGUGGUUUAUAGCCAUUAGGGAGCAGUCAUAAAGUAAGUGCUACCCCGGGGCGGAGGAUAUUUUUAAUUUUGUGAACAAAAUUUCAUACCCCCCCCCCCAAAAAAAAAAAUUGUCGGAUAAUAUUUGGUACCCCAUCAAGAUAACGGUCUCAAUGUUUCAUACCCCAUCAUAAAACGACAAGUUUACCGGGGUUUUUUCAUGUUGAUAUGACCCCCGGUGCGCUGAUAGGGCGCACCCCUCUGAAAUUCUGUUCACUAAUUGCUAUUAUCCUAUAAGUUUUAUUUUUAGUUUUAUCUUUAACUUAAAAAUAACAAAAAAGUAAAAUUCACAUCCAAAAUGCUGUUUUUUUGGCGCCAUUGAAUACGACUGCCUGUCAAAAAAUGGCGAAUAUUGCUAAUAUUUUAUCCAUUGCUAAUAUGUAAAGAGAUAAAAAACAUUUUGGAUAUGAAAUUUUUGGGUCUUUCACAUUCAAAAGACAUACUUUUAUGUUAUGGCAUAUCUCAGAUGUCCAUAAACACCACUAUUUUUCUUCACAAGCCGGCAUUUCUGUCCAUAUGAAAAGACAUACAACUGAAACUGACUUGUCUCCCCAUGUAAACAAUCCAAAUCAUUUUCAACAUCACUGAUUUCACCAUGGUGACACCACCAUCACUGUGACACUGUCAUCGUUGUCAUAUUCAUGGCCUUUUUUAACAUACAAGCUGGCCAGCUGGGGGAGGGAAUGCCGCCCAGACCCCCCUUGUGCCCCCCACGAAAUCACAUCCCCAGGAAAAGUCCUUUUUUCCUACUGAUUUAUACCAACAAAACAGCGAAGAAUAACAAAUAAAUAAACGGAAAGUAAGUUUUAGGCUUUAUCCUUUGUAUUGCUUUAUUGUCCUUGUUUAACAAAAUCGAUUUAAAUUGUUACGUUUUUCUAUCACUAAGUAAUGAUAAAUUAUUGUUAAUAAUUUUUUAUAUUUUGGAUGCUCAGAAUGCAGGAAAGAGCGUUUCCAGCUUUCAAAUUUGAAAAAUUUUCUGGAGAUUGUUAAUGUCCCCACACACGUGGCCUUCGGCCAUUGGUAUCCCCCUCUAAUAAGUAUAAUGAUAAAUUACGGUUAAUAUUCUUUUUUACUUUUUGUGCAUUUUUCCCUUCUUUUAUUUCAAACACAAGUAUAGUUAGCAUAAAUUUUAGAGCAAAUUUGGUUGCUCAGAAUGCACGAAAUGGCAUUUCCGUGCUUCAAAUUUCAAAAUUUUUCUGUACUCCCCCAGACCCCCAUCCAUGCUGCAUGGUGUGUUGAUCACACACGUGGCCUUCAGCCAUUCCUAUCUCCCUGUAAUAUAUUAUCUCACAGAAAGGUCCCUUUUCAAAACCCCCCACGGGAAAAUCCUUAAAAAAAGCACUGGUCAUAUUUGUUCCAUAAACCGCAUAAUAUUCGCAAUUGCGCAUUCUGCUGAAACUCUAGCUCUUUUUGGUGGCAUAUAUAAACCGAAGAAACGAUGAAGUCGAUCAAGAAAAGUUUGUAGAAAAAAUACGAAAUGGCGACCAUGUUUUUAUACCAGGGGCCGGUUGUACGAAAGGUGGAUAAAUCGCUAUCCGGUGGAUAAGUCCCUAUCCAGCGGAUAAAUUUUAUCCGGAGUGAAAAUCGCGUUGUACGAAGCUUGGAUAGCGCUAUCCAACGGAUAAAAUGCACUAUCCGUUGGAUAAAUUUAUCCGAGGUCCGGAGGUUGUUUAAAUCCACUAUCCGGCGGAUAAACUCGAAGUUUGAAGAGAAAACAAUGUGUAUUUCAUUUAAAAAGGAUUGCUAUUGUGAUAGAAAUGGACAAAUACCGUUUAGAAGUCCCUUUUUUGACACUAAAUAAACAUGGAAACUUACUUAUGACCUCGCUUAUGACUUCUCUUGCUCUUGACGUACCGAGCUCACUUUGACUCACUUGCCCAUUAAAUAAUGCCAUGACUUUGCCAUAUUUUAUGCAGACCUGUGUCAGUGCUUAGACGUUACGUUUUCUGGCUUUUUCCCUUCUUUUUUUCUGUUAUAUAGCUCGAAAACAAGCAAUAAAACUUUCAUUAAAUGAGUUCCCUUCAACGCCAAACAAAUAUAGCUGCAUAUAUAAAUAGACAACAAGGCACCGAAAGUUGAAAAAUUUUGUUCGCUGGCCUUGAUCAGCCAAUCAAAUCUUGCGAGAAAAUGUUCUUAAAAUUGUUUUGAAUGACGUGAAAGGUCAAAGAACAAAUAUUCGGACAGUAUAUAAAAUAAAACUGAAUCAACGUACUGAAACAUGAAAACAAAACUUGCAGUCUUUGCUAUGCCUUCGCAUAAAGAAGCCAAAAAUCUUUUAAAGAAAUAUCGAUAAGUAGAUAUAGCAAACUCUUCACUGUGGGAAAACGAAGUAUUGCAACGAUUGGACGAGAAAAACUCAAAAAUAUAAACAUGAACAAAAAACCUUUAUUGCAAGUCGAUAGUUCAAAGGUUAGUGGAAUUCACAAGUUAUACGAAGAUACUACAACAAAAGUUUACAAAUACCUAUCAACAGCUGGCGUAGAGAUAAGGAAUUUCAGGAAAAUCCGGUUUUCUCCGGUUAAAAUUAAGGUUAUCCGACGGAUAGCUAUCCACCCUGCUAUCCGUGCUUCGUACAACGCAUUUUUAUUCGGCAGAUAGCUAUCCAUUGGAUAGGAGAUUUAUCCAUUGGAUAGGACUUAUCCACUGGAUAACUUAUCCACCUUUCGUAUAACCGGCCCCUGAUGUGUCAUUAAGCAAACAAACGCUGGAGUUAAUAUUUGAUAUGCCGAUUUUCGCUAAUUUUAGACACAUCCCAAAGUAUGCUCCCGAUUUUGAACAUUAAUAUCUCCGUGAAUUUUUAAGUAAAAUACAACUGUAAUAUAUCAAAAUAUAAGUUAGUCCUUCCUCUAUUUUAAUUUCUCUUUAAAAGCUAUACUUGUUUAGAAGUUAUUACGAAUCAAACAGGAGUACUUUUUUUUGGGACACCCGGUACUAUAUUUUGAUUUGAAGCAAACGCCCAAAUUCACUAAAAUACUCACACAAGGAGCACAUAUUCUAACAGACGCAUUACUGACAGAUCGCGCAUGCAACACAUGGGCAAGAUAUUAUCGAAGUGUGGGCAGACCCAGGCAUUAACAUGCCUGAGAGCUUUGCUGAUGCUGUUGUAGAGAAAAACGCCAAUUUAUUUAUGUUUAAGAGCGACUAAAACAAGGACUAAAAGCUCAGGAUCAAUAACAAUACCUGGGGUUUAGUACAACAUAAGUUUUGGGACUGUCAAAAUGUUUUAUAGUAUAUAUUUUUGGUUUGAACGGCGAGAUUUCCUUCGGCACAUCCAAACUUUCGUCAUUUUUUCAAAAUACAAAAGCAAAAUUCCUUACUUUUUGCUGCAGAGAGAUGUAAAACAGCCGGAACUAAUCGGAAACUUGGUUUAAAUCCCAAUCAUUGUUGUAUUCCCAUGGGAAAAGUGUUUUUCUUGCAAAUUUUUGCUCGAAAACAAACUUUUGACAGAAUUUUUUUCACUCCUCGAAACUCUCCUUAGUCCUUUUGAAAGCUGAUUUUCCUGUGCGCCGGCUUCAACGAAUCAUAGACUUUCAUCAUAGGAGUUAGCCUUCCAGUUAUUAGUGAGCUUAAGGAGGCUCCCUACAGUUCCGUGCGGGAUGUUCGCGGGACAAGUACGUGAACUAUCCCACGCAACUGCAUGAUCAAAACAAAACAAAAAUUGACCAUGCUUUUUUUAAAAAUAAAGCUAUUUCUGAAAGGUUUCUAAUGGAAAAAAGCGUUGAAUAAUACUUCGUUCUGAGUGCCAAAUCACUUGCGAGUCUAUACAGCAAUUCCACAUAUGAUACGAAUAUCACUAGAUAAAAAAUAGCUACGAAACAAUAUUUUUUUUUUUUUAUAGACUGUCAACUGAAUCAACUGUAAAACAUUUGCAAAAUUGCAUACAAACGUUUAAAAAGUUGUUUACUUCUCAAGAAAACGUUCACUUUUUAGUCGAGUUUCUACAAGAUUAAAGUGAUUAUAUGUAAACAGAAAAAUAUUUCAGUUUCACAGCCUAAUUGUUCAUUUUUAGCAAAAAGUACAAAACCAAACAUGAAACAAAAAAACACGUCCACCUGUUAAUAGGCUGUUACAGCUCAUAGAUUGAGUAAACGGCAGGAUUCAAUUAGCUUCAACCUUGUUUUCAUCGAUUUAAUCCUUCACAAUAAUCCUUGGCUGUCCAUAGCACUCAAAUAAAUAAAAAAGUUGACAAAAACAAAACAGUAAAAACAACAUUGCGGCUCGAUUUUGCUGAAUGAAAACUUGUUCUGCGCCCGCAUACAAUCUUUUACUAGUCAGCGACACUUUUCAAUAAGGGGAAUUUCUCGAGUUACAUGACGCUAUUUUCUAACUUUAUUUGCAUUUUACUCAUUAGUUUCAUUGGUGACCUAUCUUCAAAUUUUGACCACGAAUUUAUUUUGCAGUAAAUUUUAUAAAUUUCAAAUUUUAAAAAAAUCUGUAGUGUGGAAAUUUCGCAAUAAAUUUUUCGCUUUUAAAAAAAUCACACACUACAGAAUUUUUUUAAACUUUCACCACAGUUACAGAGCAUCAUUCCUUAUUGAUACAUGAAAUAAAAAAGAUAGGUCACCGACAUCGUUUUUGAGAUAGCGGCACAUUUAUGGGUUAAAUUGGAAGGCUUUAUGCUGUCGUCAUGUUGCCAUGGGAACAUUGACAUCGUCGAAAUCUAGUUCGAAAUAUUCCUUAGGUGAUCAAUAUUGCCACCAAGUCGAAAAGAAUUCGCGUUCUGCACGAAUAAGCCUGUUUUACGGAAUUAUUGCUUAAACAAGAAUAACUGUAGGGAGCCACCUUAAGCAAGUGACGUUUUUGACAACACGGACGUCGACCGGAAGUAAAGUUGACGUUUUUCACCAAUCACAGCCCUUGACCCAGUCUUCUGAUGUUACUCAUGCCGUUCGUGUUGUCAAAAACGUCACUUGCUUAAGCUCACUAUUAUUAGAGUUCACUGACUCAUCCUUGUCCCCAGGCCCAAGCUCGGGCGGGCCGCCUGCCUCCUCCGCAGGCCCUCGUUGCAUCAUGGGAAGGUCACAAUCUGGCGAGGGCCUGCGGAAUCUUGUAAAAAAAAAUGGCGCCGGUGUCACGUCAGCAAGUCAAUUUCUACAUAAUCUUGAAUAUAAACAGAUAUAAAAAAGCGGCGUGAAACUUGUAAAUUAAACUGGCGACUCUUAGGACGUGGAAGGAAGCAUUUUUUAACGAUAAGGUUUGUUGUCCACACCAACGAUACACGAAUAAAACUGCCUUCUUUAACGAAGCAGGUUUAAAACAACAUUUAUUCAUUUUACAAGAUUCCACAGGCCCUCUCGAAAUCGUGACCUUCCCAUGACACAACGAGGGCCUGCGGAGGAGGCAGGGCGGCCCGCCCGAGCUUGGGCCUGGGGACGAGGAUGCAACUGCAAGAGGUAUGUAUGCGCCAAUUUUUCAUUUGCUCAUUGCAUGGUGAACACUACUGUAAUUCUCCGUUCUUUAAUUAUUUAUAGAUAGAACGAGAAUGCUUCAAAGACGAAGAACGGUUCAAACGCAAUGGAGAAAGUGAGCAUUUUAUACUUUAAGUUUUUAAUUUUAGUGAUUGUGAUUGUUUGUUUAGCUUGUAUGCGAAAUAUUUCGCCUGUUUCUUUUCAAUUGUGAGCAAUCAACUAGAAAUAAUUUAUUCGUGUGGUCGCAAUUCGAAAUAAACAGGCGAAAUCAUUCACAUUUCGCCGAGAAAAAGCGCCCCUGGAAUAAGGCCUUGAGGACUUGAUUUUUUAAAUUUCAUCAAGAUUUCAGUUACUGUUUUUGUGUUCCAUGUUUCACACACUGAAUACAUAUAUGUCUAUGACUAUAUGAUCUCGCUUACCCAAGAUUUAACGAAGCGUGAAAUGACUUUGAAGUAUUGGAAUAAAACAUUUGUAUGAUCCAGGCAAGGCAGCCCAACAAAGGCAUGUGCUUGUCUGGUUUCAUAAAGACUUUAAUAUAUUAAUACUUCAAAAUUAUUUCAUGCUCCUUUAAUCUCGGAUAAGCGGGAUCAUAUAAACAGGCCCUUAGGCCCCAACCUUGGGAUAUGUGGGGCCAUAGAUUUUUGAUACAGCCAUAACUGUAAAUAUCCCCACCCUCUAGGGACGAGUGAGCUGACUAAUCCCCCACCCAUGGGGAAAUAUGAGGGUUACAAUUGACAAGUGCAUUAAGUGAUAGUAUGUUACGGACUUACGGUACUAUGUUAGAGGGUAGUGUUGGAACUACACUAAACUGUACUACAGUAUGUCAUCACUAAGAUAGAUAAUUCAUUAGCUUGACUAUCUGAACUUUGUGAUAAUUUUAGUAAUUGAACCCCAGCAACAAGACAAAAAAAGGAAAGAAGAAAGGAAAAGAGGAGAAAGGAAAAGAGGAGAAAGGAAGAGAGAAGAAAGGAAAGGAGGAGAAAGGAAAAGAGAAGAAAGAGGGUGGAAGUGGACAGUGAUUAUGCUUCGGAUCAUUCCCAGCAGUCAUGCGAUACGGUAAUCAUUUGCCAAGAGCCUGAAAGAGUGAAUGACACAGUAGAACUUCCAUGGCCUUUAGUACGUACCCAUGCAAUCAGGGGGAGACCCUUUGAAAUUAUUAAAGAAUAUCGAUUGCAUUACUCUUGUUGAAAAUUGGCCAAAAAAUGAUAGUACAGUAAAUAUACAAGGUUUUUAUUCUUUUUCCAAGUGUAGGCAAAAACAUGAUAGAGCUUGGAGGAACUCGGGUGGUAUAACUGUGUUGGUGAGAUCAGAGUUGAGAAAAGGGAUCAGAUUUUUUGAUAGAGAAAGUAAUGAACAGUUUAUUUGGUGGAAAUUAGACAAAGAUUUUUUUCACAUGAAACGAGAUUUGUUUAUAUGUAGUGUUUAUAUUCCUCCGCAAAACUCGCCUAGAGAACGUCGUCUAGACCGCGACCAUUUUCAAUCUCUUCAGGAAAAUAUUUACAAAUUUUCAAAAUUAGGGAGCAUAAUAUUAUGUGGCGAUUUCAAUGCUAGAAUUGGUGAUUUAGAUGAUUGUAUAAAAAACACGUCAGUUUUAGAGGAUUUUUUUCCAUCUACCUGUCCUCCUAACGGUUCAAUUGAAAUUGAAUCACGCAACUCCAAAGACAAUCACUGUAACUCAUACGGGAAACUAUUGGCAGAAUUGUGUUGAGGGAAUGAUUUAAUUCUGCUAAAUGGUAGAACGAAGGGUGACUAUAUCGGUCAAUUUACCUGUCAAACAUAUAAUGGAGCUAGUGUGGUUGGAUUAUACUAUUGUUUCUUCAGAGGUCAUGAGCGAAAUUAAAUAUUUUACUGUCUCUGAGAUCACACACUUCUCGCAUCAUUGUUUUCUUUCCUUCGGUUUAGAAACUGAAUCUUAUUUACCACUAAGGACAGAAAAAACUUUACAAUUGAUGUCACUUCCUAUGUCUUUUAUGUGGAAUGAUGCUCUAAAAACUACUCUUAGGGAAAAUCUCAGUAAUACCUGCACUUUGAAUGAAAUGAAUACUUUGUUUCAAUCUCCACAAGAUCAGGAUGUGGAUUCACUAGUGAAUGAAUUUACAAAUAUUAUUAUUAAAGUUUCGAAAAAGGUUAUAAAAAUUAAAAAUAGACGAUUUACUAAAAAGAAACAAAAAAGUACAAUGCAAAAUAAAAAAUGGUUUGACAAGAGUUGCCACGUGUUAAAAAAUGAACUACGAAACUUGGGUAGCUUGCUUUCAAGAUUCCCUGAUAAUAAUUUUUUACGACAUAAAUUUUUCAGUACAAAGAAGGAAUACAAACGACUCGUCAAACGAUUAAAAAGAAAUUUUAAAAAUGAAAUGUUAAGCAAAAUUCAAUCUAUGGAAGAAUAUAAUCCAAAAGAGUUUUGGAAAUUGGUAAAGUCUAUAAAAUCAAAUAAUUCCAAUAGUAUAGAGGAUGAGAUUUCACCCGCAGUAUG